UGGCAGUGCGCAUGUGCGAAAUUUAGAGAGGGACGCUUGAGAAACUGAAACUGCAGACGAUAUCAAUGUUUAUAAUUAACAGCCUUCAAUAAAGGUUAGUAUUGAAGUUCACGGCAAACGGAUCCUAACAGGCACACGGACAGAAAGAAAACCAUGUCAACUCAGCCUCUCAUCAGAUCAAAGCAGACCGAGAAAUCAAUCAAUGGAAUAUCCACACAGGUUGUUUGCACAGAAUUCAGUAACUACAUAUUUAUAGUUCUCACACAGUAUGGAAAGAUUGGCACUUUAGUAUCAGUCACACCUGACUCCAGAUCAGGUGAUAUCAGCACUCCCAUGUUCACCACCAAAGUGUUGCUGGGGAAAGAAGAGGCUUUGACACACGUCUGUGCCAAAAACUUGGCAACAUUUGUGUCACAAGAGGCAAGCAACAGGCCUGUUCUACUGGGAUUGGCACUCAAGGACAGUUCCAUAGAAGCAAUAAAGGCCAUGAAAGAUAUAAUCAAAAGUUGUCAAGUCUGGUAACUACUGGUACAGGGAACGAGCAACAGAAUCGCCUAUCUGGAAAGACAAUUUCACUUAACACAUUUUUUCCUCAAUGUUUUUGCAUCCUUUAAAAAUGUAUUUUGUUAUCUUUUGUUACUUCUAAGCUUGAUGUGGAAAUAAAUGCCAUAUAAAUGGGAAGUUUA